GGGAAGUCAGACUUCACACAGACACACGAUUACACAUAGUAGUCAAUAAUAUUGACUCAUCGUCAAUAUUGCAUAAUAUUUAUUGUUGUGAUUCUUAUUAUAUAUUAUUUUUGAAUUUUUGAAGUUAUCAGUGAAGAUGACGACCACUAUUUCGACCGCAGAUGGAGAGAAGGUUAUGGAAGAUAAGGCUUACAUUGAAGCCGCCGCACUACUUCAAAUACUGGAGAUAUCAUUAAAGCGAGGAACAUACUCUAGUUCUCAUGAGCUGGCAACGAAAACCCUACAAUUAAUUGAGAAAUAUGUGCAGUCAACAUCAUGGAGGAAUGCCGAGGAAGUUUUGAGGUGGUUAAAAAACACUUCGGAACGAUUAACAAAUGCUGCUAUCUCGGAGUCAGCUUCCUCUAAUAUGAUUCAUCGCCUUAUAAAAAUUAUCCAAGAAGAAUUUGCUGCAAAGAAGAAGAUUGAAAAUUCGGCAUCGUCUAACUUGCCUGCUCAUGCUCCUUCAAGGCUAGAUUCAACGGAAUUGGGAAUUGUAGAUUUUACGGAAGAAGUACCCGAUCUACGAUCUGAUAUUUUAAAUGCGAUUUUAGACUUGUCGGCCGAACUUGAAUCAAGCGGCGAAAACAUUGCCGAAGAUGCGGAAAAGCAUAUCCAUCAACAAGAUGUCAUCCUCACCGUGGGAAAGUCUCGAACUGUUGAAAAAUUCCUUGUAAAAGCAAAGGCUAAGAAGCGACGUUUUGAAGUCAUUGUUGCAACGUGCGGUCCAUUUUAUACGGGAAGAGAAAUGGCGGCACAGCUGAAGAAUAGAUAUAAAAUACCGGUCACCUUAAUGGAAGACACCGGCGUGUUCAGUGUCAUGUCCAGGGUUAGCAAAGUUAUCAUUGGGACUCAUACAAUUCUUGCUAAUGGAGGCCUCAAGGCAAUUGCUGGAUGUCAUCCAAUCCUCUUGGCUGCAAAGCAUUAUAAUGUACCCGUACUCGUUCUUGCUCCAAUUUACAAGUUGAGUCCAGAUUACCCAUCAUCCAAUAACGUUAAGAUUGCGAAUCGUUUUGUUUCUCCUGAAAACCUGGUCAAAUAUGAAGAUUUGCAAGUAAUGAACAAUGCCCACGUCUAUGCUACAGUUUUCGACUAUGUGCCUCCAGAGUUGAUCACUCUUUUCAUAUUCAAUAUAGGCAGCCACUCUCCAUCAUACAUAUAUCGUUUACUACACGAUACUUACCCACAACAAUGACUACCUGUUGUAUUGCGAUUAUAACAUAAAUAAAUGGACCAACCUGUAAAUUGGUUUAUCAGUGCUUUA